AUGUUGCCUUGUCUUACCCUAAUGAGUUCUCUUUGGAAAAAACAAUACCCAUUAAGCUUCUCUGAGAAACUGGAACUAACAAAACAAGUUGAAGUUUUAAUCAAACAAGGUUUCAUCAAAACUAGUUCCAAACCUUUUAACAGUCCAGUGCUAUUUGUUAAAAAGAAAGAUGGUACUAUGCGUAUGUGUGUUGAUUAUAGGAUUUUAAACAAUAAUGCUGUUAAGAACAAGUUUCCACUUCCAGAUAUUGAUCAAUUGAUUUCAAGAUUUGGUAAGACAAAAGUCUAUUCUAAGUUAGAGUUGACGCCUGGUUACUACCAAGUGAGAAUUGCUGAUGAAGACGUGGAGAAAACGGCAUUUUCUACUGAUUUUGGCCAUUACGAAUGGAUGGUAAUGCCGGCUGGACUAACAAGUGCAUCUGCGACUUUUCCACAGAUGAUGAAUAAUGUCUUGUCUAAAAAAAUAAAUGGAUUUGUCCAAGUGUAUUUAGACGACAUUUUUAUAUACUCCGAAGAUGUUGAAACUCACGGUAAGCACGUGAAAGAAGUUUUGUCGACACUAAGAAAACAUAAACUAAUUACGAAGAAGUCGAAAUGCAGAUUCUUUUAUCAAGAAUUUAGGUUCUUAGGACAUGUUGUUACACCAAUUUGUAUUCAAACCGCUCUCGAGAAAAUUAAAAAGGUAAAGAGUUGGCCAACGCUAAACAAGAUCAAAGAAGCACAAAGUUUUAUUGGUUUAACUUCGUACUAUAGAAGGUUUAUUAAAGGGCAUUCCAAAAUUGCCAAUCCAAUUCAUAAGUUCAUGACAAAACAAAUUAAAUGGACAAGUGAACAAGACGAAGCCUUCAACAAACUAAAGAAAGCUUUGAUAUCAAGUCCCAUCUUGGUGCACCCAAGCUGGUCAGGCAAUUGUAAAUUUGUUCUAAAUACCGAUGCGUGUGGAGUAUCAUUAGGUUAUACUCUAGAAAAGUUGGACGAGACAGGUAAAUGA